AUGGCGGAAGCGCUCGGCGUCGCAUCCGGCGUUAUCGCUGUUGUCGAUAUGUCGGCUAAAGUGGUUAAUUGGUGCGUACGAUACGCUCAGGAUGUAUCGCAUGCCAAAGAGGACAAGACGAGGCUGGUAGAGGAGGUCACGCGUCUGAACCUAGCGUCAGUAAACGCUCGCAACUUGCUAGAUGGGCCAGGUGGCUCGAAGCUCAAAGCAUCUCACGCCCUCCUUCUGGCAACAGACAAAAGUCGACCUCAGCUUCAACGUAUUGAGAGCCAGCUUGCCGCGGGAACUGGGCAGGGUAAAGGCAGAUUGGAGGCUUUGAGAUGGCCGUUCAAGAGCAAGGAUGUUCAGGUAGCGAUUCGGGACAUUCGCCAAUGUACCGAGGCUAUUUACUCAGCCUUGGAAAUCGAUCAGACACCAGAGCUUCCGAUCCGACUAGGGUUCAGCGAGGUUCAAAGUUCCUACCAAGACCUAGUUCUGCACGAAAUCCCGGCAGACAUCGUCAAGCACGGCAUAGCUGUCUUUUUGCAUAAAGAGUUCGAGAGGAUUCGCCAUGAUUACAACUUGACUAGGCUCACCCAACUGGCUGUUCCGCUCUUUAUCUUUGCUGCAACCGUUUGUCACUUCAUUGAUGAUCGGAAUCGCAACAGCCCUCGGGUCCAGUUGCGUAAGGUUCUCGACUACGGGAGUAAAGGUCACGUAUCUCAGUUGGACCGAACUUAUGGGCCCGUUCUAGACUCGCUGAUCGCUGAUGUUUCAGAAGAUGGCAAAGAGGAGAUCAUCAAAGACUUUAAGAUGAUAGUUGGCAGUAUAGUCAUGCUUGCCAAUCCUCUUUCAGUUUCGGCCUUGUCGCAGCUGCUCGAGGUCGAUCCCGAAGUGGUAGACAACAGACUUGACACACUCCAUUCGGUUCUCAGCGUGCCACCAAGACGCAAAGAGCCUGUGCGGUUGCUGCAAUUGUCAUUUCUAGACUAUCCCAUCACAAAAGAAAGCGAGUUCCGGGUAGACAAAAGACAUGCCCACCAAACCUUGGCGAAACACUGCUUGCGCGUCAUGUGGGGUGGUUUGCGUGAGAACAUAUGCGGCCUAUCUUUCCCGGGAAUGCGCAGAUCUACGGUAGACAGCUCAGAGCUUGAGGAACACAUUCCUGCACAAGUUCAAUAUGCUUGCAUGUACUGGGUUUAUCAUCAGAUGGAGGGUGAUCCCGGAUUGAACGACAGCGAGAAAGUUUAUGAUUUCUUAACGACACAUUUUCUGCAUUGGCUGGAAGCGAUGAGUUUACUGGGCCGAGUCAAGGAAUGUCUCGACUCACUUAGGUCACUGGCAAGAUGGCUAGAGAACCGCGAAGACUCAAGCCUAUUGGCUUUUGUAGCUGACGCAGUGCGAUUUGUUCAGCUCAAUUUCUCCGUGAUUGCCGAAGCACCGCUACAGGUUUAUUGUUGUCUAGCUUUCGCACCAAGCAAGAGUAUCGCGAGAAAGAUAUUUGAGAACGCUAUUCCAAAGUGGGGCCACAGCGACUGGGUCGACUCGGUGGUGUUCUCGUACGACUCGAAAAAGGUGGCGUCGGGCUCUUCUGACAUAACGGUACGGAUCUGGGAUGCAGAGACUGGAAAGUGUGAGAAAGUGCUGGAGGGCCAUAUCAAGACGGGCGAGUGCAAGCAAGUGCUGCAGGGCCAUAGUGACGAAGUCAACUCGGUGGUGUUCUCGCAUGACUCGAAAAAGAUCGCAGCGGCCUCGAAAAACAUGACAGUGCGAAUCUGGGACGCAAAGAUGGGCGCGUGUGAGCGAGUACUAGAGGGCCAUGACGACUAUAGUCACUCCUUGGUGGUCUCCCACGACUCAAAAAAGGUGGCAUCGGGCUCCUCUGACGAGACGGUACGGAUCUGGGACGCAGAGACGGGCGAGUGCAAGCAAGUGCUGCAGGGCCAGGAUGACGAGGUUGACUCGGUGGUGUUCUCGCACGACUCGAAAAAAGUUGUAUCGAGCUCUAGUGACAAGAAGAUACGGAUCUGGGAUGUCGAGACAGGUCGCUGUAAAAACGGCUUUUCAUUGGAUCGAUAUGCAGGCGUUCUUUCUUUUACGCCCGACGAACGUGGUAUUGUUACCAAUCGUGGCACGUUUGCUUUGCCAGAUGGCUCGCAGGCUUCUGCUGAGUUUGCCACGGCAUGGCGAUGCUCGAAGGCUGCGAUACUGACCUGUAUCGACGAUACUUGGGUCGUGGUGGUAGGGAAAGACCAGUGUGGGAAAUAG